GAAUAGUCAUGUUUUAAACUAUUUAUUCUAAAAGUCAAUUACAACUCGAUCCGAAUACAGAUGUGUUGUUGUGCCGUGCUGGGUAUGAAAGCUAACUGGACUGCAACUACCAUUUCCCCAAUAAAGAGCAUAGUAUCAAAUAUGCAGACAGACCAUGUCUCUUUCUACAACAAAGAUAUUGUUUCAGUCUUGAGUGAUGAUCCUGUUCUGGCUUUAAAGUAUUUAAAAUACAAAUGGGUUGGUAGCAAAAGGUGCCUCGGCAGGUCAUUGAGAUCUUGUGGACAGUAAACAAUUUAGUCACUCAUUAAACUGCAGAAGAAUUAAAUGUUGUUCAAAUUAUAGGUUAAGACAUUUAGAGCUAUUCCAGUGCUGAUGCUAAAGACAAUACAUACAGCUGCUUCAUGCUCAAUAAAUAACAGACAUGAAACUUAAGAUGGCAUACAUGUGUUUUUUUUAUACAACCAUUCUUUCAAAUAUAUUAGACGAUCAAACUCCCAGAGUAAACAGCUGGAGACAGUAAGAGACAGAUGGCAGCAGUAAAUGAGCGCUACCACCAUGCUGCCACUAGAGGGAGCGACUUGUUCGCUAGCAGUCGGAUGUUGUGAAGUACAGAGACGAUGAUGGCAGCGUACUACAUUUCCUCCAGAGUUUGUGCAACUGUGAAGUAGCUGUAACUCAAUAAGAAGCUAAGACGCAAGGCUGCUCUGGAGUCAGUUUUAGACACUGAAUGAACCUCACCGACAAACACUUCGCGUGGAUCAAGUCGUCUGCUUCAUAUCUGGGAGGGACAGGUGUGGCUAGCUGUUCGGCUAACUAACUGACACGCUAGCUGAGCUAAGCUAACAGCUAAGUUAGCGUGUCCAGGUGGGAGCGUCGGUGUUUCCAUGGCCGUCGGCUGAUGGGCGAAGCGAUGCGGCACCACUGGCUGCUCCUUGGGGCGUGCGGCUGGGUGCUGCUCAUCCUGAUGUUCGUCAGCAAGUUCAUCAGCUUCAGAGCUGUAGACGACUACGGAGAGAGGGUCGGUGGUCAGAGUUGGACGGUACCAGGCACCAAGGUGGUUAGACCCAUCCCUGUUUCCAGCCCAGUGAAACCAGCCCCAAAACCAUCUGACCAGCCCUCAGCGGUGCCUACAGGGACAGAUUGGCAGCCGGUCGUUUAUAAGCGAGUCCAGUUGCUCUCAACUGUGUGCAAGAACAGCAGCCUCAGGAAUCUGACUCACGCCGCCAUCAGCAAGUUUGUCCUGGACCGCAUCUUUGUCUGCGACAAACACAAGAUCUUGUUCUGCCAGACGCCGAAAGUGGGCAACACACAGUGGAAGAAGGUCCUCAUUGUGCUCAAUGGAGCGUUCCCGUCUGUGGAGGAGAUCCCAGAAAACCUCGUUCAUGACCACGAGAAGAACGGCCUGCCCCGUCUGUCGUCACUCACGCCGCAGGAGAUUACUCACAGAUUAAGCACUUACUUUAAAUUUUUCAUCGUGAGAGACCCCUUCGAGCGCCUGAUUUCUGCCUUCAAGGACAAGUUUGUGAAGAACCCGCGCUUCGAGCCGUGGUACAAGCACGACAUCGCCCCAGCCAUCAUCCGCAAGUACCGCAAGAUCCACCGCGACAGCAACCUCGCCGCCUCCGGCCUGCACUUUGAGGACUUUGUCCGGUACUUGGGCGAUGUGGAGGGCCGCCAGCGCAUGGACCGGCAGUUCGGCGAGCACAUCAUCCACUGGGUGACUUACGCGGAGCUGUGCGCGCCGUGCGAAAUCCACUACAGCGUGGUGGGCCACCAUGAGACACUGGAGCAAGACGCGCCCCACAUCCUCAAAGCAGCGGGCAUCACCGGCAUGGUGUCCUACCCGGAUAUUCCUCCAGGCAUCACCCGCUACAACAGGACCAAGGUGGAGCAAUACUUCUCAGGCAUCAGCAAGCGGGACAUCAGGCGUCUCUACGCACGAUACCAGGGGGACUUUCAGCUGUUCGGCUACCCGAGCCCAGAGUUUCUACUGAACUAAAACAAUGAUUAACACUCACUAAAAGAUAGGAAAUCCUCUCAACAUCUGUGCUUUACUGAGACAGAGGUGUAUUGUAGCUGACUGAACUGGCAGACCCGAAAGCCCGGCUGUAACGUUCUUAUUUUAGAAGUACCGUAGUAUCAUGUAAUGACAUUCAGUGGCGAUAAUAGCUGCAGAAUUUCUCAUUUUGUGUGGUGGAAAAAGUGUCAAUAUGAAGAUAAAAUCCAGGUACAGAACUUAUAUUUAAUGUUGAAUGAUGCAUCCUCAUAGUGAGAGGUGUUCUCUGUAAUACCAGGCCUGGUACCCUGUCAUGUAGCUUCUAUACUGGACCACGCGGGUCACCGUUUCAAAAGGAAAGCUCUGCGUUUAGACACGCUGUGUCUUUUCUGUACCUCUCGCUCUCAUGCUAGACGUAGGCGAAGCUAUAGUCUGUAUUAGGGAUUCUAACUUUUUCAGACAAGGAGAGUGAACGGUGGGAAUAUAAGACAAACUUCUCGCGGUUAACUUUUUAUAUAUUUUUACCAGUUUCUCCAUUCAAAGGCAUGUUAAAGGGAUAGUUUGGGUGUUUUGGGUUGUUUGAGGUACCUAUUUAUGGUCAGUUUAUUUCCUACAGCAGAUGACAGAUGACACGCCCCCAAUUUGGGGAAACAGACAGUAGUUACUGCAAUAGACGGGGGCAAACUAUCCCUUUAAUGUUUUGGAAGAAAGUAAAAUACUCUUCAAAUACCAUGAAAAUACUUCCACACUGAAUCAAAGGCCUUGGUCCCGCCCCUCAGUGUAUCCAUUGUUGUGGUGGUUCUGCCUUUACUGAAGCUGAUGUACGACGCGUUUCUUUUAUUCAGCUGUUAAACUGCACUGGGACAUUGAAGGAAAUUGGCACUAGAUUUUAGAGGAUCGUUUUUCUAUCAGAAAUGUACUGUGUAAAUGUUCUUUAACUUGUCUUGCAACUCAACAUUUGUACUACAUGUUGCUAUUUAUAAUACAUCAUUAUUAACCUGACACGAACUCUCUGCAGCCACCUGGUGACCCUUUUUGGACAGGCGGUUAUAAUACGAGGACGACACGAGUAAGUAAUAAAGUUCCAUGUGAAAUAUUGUGCUGUUCUUUCUUCUUACGGAUACAAAUUGUGUGUGGGUAAAAAGCAAACUGGUGUGAGCUCUGAGAAAGCACAUUUACCAUCAAGUCACAUCUGGAUGUGGUCCACAUGUUCUGUUUGUUGCUGCAAUAACAGCAAACACCCACAAGGUGGCAGUAAAACACCUAAAAUGUGACUGCUGAGUUCAGAAACCACAAAUCACAUUGAACCCUUCCACCUAACUCACCACACAGGGUUGUUGUUGAUGUUGACAUUUGAACCAUGGGCAGCAGGGCAAAACAAUGACUUCAUAGCCAUAAGUCAGCAACAAACACUUCCAGACAGAGCGGGGUGGAGCAGUAUUUACAGUAUCAGUGUCGUCUGUGCAAGCUCACCUUUUGCCGGAUGGAUUUUAAGUUGCUUUACGGAGCUGAAGCUUUAGUUAAGUGUUACACUGAGUGUCUGAGUUGAGGCUUUGUGCAUGCAUGCUCAUGUUGUGUGUGUGUGUGUGUGUCUCCCCACUGCCAGGUCGCCUCUUUCACCCUGUCAGACUGGUUCGCCCUGCCCCGUCGUUUAAACGUUGAGUCGAGGUCUGUUUAACCAAAAGCUUAUCUUUUCUGUUUGUGGAGAUUGGUUGUGGGUUUGUGAUGAAUAACUGGAGCAGCUGUUUCCUCUCUGCAGUGGACUCAACACAAAAGAUCCAUGCCGGGUAGGAUCAAUACAUAUCUUUAAAAAUAUCCUCUGUUUAUGUAACUUAUGUAACAGACUUGGAAUGGCAUUGAAGGAGACAACUCAGAGGGUAGCUUUCCAGCAUUUAUUCGCUGCAGAAGACAAAAUAAAUCACAGUUUCUUCCUGGUCUCACUCUCUUUAUACAUCCGCUCCCUCAACAGUACGAAACACCACUGUCUGUGGAAGUCGGGACUAACAGCGACAUCAAAUGGACAAAACGAACAACUACAUGAGGUGGAAUGAUUAACAGAACCCGCGAAAAUUAUAACGUUAAACAAAGGAAAAUACAUACCUGCAGAAGACAACAUAAAUCACAGUUUCUUCCUGAUCUCACU